AACGAUAUCUACGCAUAGGUUCAACCUCCUUCUACCACUUCGAGCAGACACCACUCUACCACUUACAUGCCAAUCAAAGAGAAGAAUACAACGUUUGUCCUUGUACUAAUGCUGCUUCUACUACUGCUACUAAUAAUCUUGGUUCUUGUACAUGUAUUAAUGCUGCUACUGGUAGUAGUGCUGGUUUUGGUACUGGUCGUUGUGUUGCUUAUACUACUUCUACUACUGGUUAUGCUUGUUCUAAUAAUUAUGGUGCUUAUUGUUGGUAGAGCGUCGUGGCUCUUGUCAACUAAUCCAGUAAGUUAAGCAUUUAUAGCAUUUUUAUUAGAACUUCAAUAAAUAUAUUUUUUCUUUCUAGAAGGCA